CGGUGCUGUCGGUGUCCGGGCGGGGCUGGGGGCUGUGCCGCUGCCUGCCCGCCGCCGGGCCCGCUCUGACCGAGCCUGCGCGGCGCCCGGCGGGGCGCGGCUCUCACGGGCACGGCCCCGGGCACGCGGUGAGCGGGCGCUCGGCCGGGAGGAGCAGGACCCCGGACAGGGCCGCGGCGACCGCCUGGGCUGGGGCGGCACGGCGGGCACUGACGGCUGGAUUGGGACGGCAGGGUUGGGAGCAGGCAGCCCAGGUGCAAUUCCUAAAAGAUAUCACCUGCAGUGAGGAAAGGAACCUGCUCAACUCAGAGAACAGAGUGUUCUGGCAGUCCCUGCAUGAUACAGAGGAUCUGCAAGCAGACGGCGCGGUGCUGUUUACCCUGAAGAAGCGAGUGUGUGUGCUGGAAAGCGCUGACCGUUCUAAUGGAUCGCAUGGAGCUGCAAAAAGUCAACAUCGAACCUGAUGGACAGAGCAACAGUGGGGAAAGCCUCGAAGACAGCUACGCAGAGCCGGCUGAUUCAGAAAAGGCUGCAAUUAGGAGUCCCCUUGCUAGUGAUGAUGCAGAAAGUCAAAAGUUCCUUACAAAUGGAUAUCUGGAUAAAAAGAAAUUGGAAGACUAUAAUGAAGAAUAUCACAGGGGUAGAACUUCCUUUGGAAUGUCCUCGUUCAACCUCAGCAAUGCCAUUAUGGGCAGCGGCAUCUUAGGGCUCUCCUAUGCCAUGGCCAACACAGGAAUUAUCCUUUUCAUAGUUUUGCUGCUCAGCGUAGCAAUAUUGUCACUCUACUCGGUCCACCUUUUACUGAAGAUAUCAAAAGAAGGAGGAUCAUUAAUAUAUGAAAAACUGGGAGCAAAGGCAUUUGGCUGGCCUGGGAAGUGGGGUGUUUUCAUUUCAGUCACAAUGCAGAAUAUUGGAGCAAUGUCGAGCUACCUCUUUAUUAUUAAAUACGAACUUCCUGAAGUCAUCAAAGCAUUUAUGAAACUUGAGGAGAAUUCUGGAGAAUGGUACCUUAAUGGGAAUUACCUCGUCAUACUUGUAACAGUUGUGAUUAUUCUUCCCCUCUCCCUUCUAAAAAGUUUAGGUUAUCUUGGUUAUACAAGUGGGUUUUCGCUGACCUGUAUGGUUUUCUUUGUCGGUGUGGUAAUCUUCAAGAAAUCCCAAAUACCCUGUCCUCUUCCCAUCAUGGACCAGGGGAUUGAAAACUGGACCACCACCAAUAGCACAGGGCCAAUGUACCAGGUCAUGUUAUCAAAUGAGUCACUCGGUUCUGGUGUGAAUUUCAUGAUGGACAACACAGCCGGGCACUUUCCGAGCCUUGAGGAGCCAAAAGAUGCCUCCCCAAAAAGCGGAGUAGAAUACGAAGCACACAGCGACAACAGUGACAAGUGCCAGCCAAAAUACUUUGUGUUCAACUCACGGACUGCCUAUGCAAUACCCAUCCUGGCAUUUGCAUUCGUAUGCCACCCUGAGGUGCUACCAAUAUACAGUGAACUGAAAGAUCGCUCCCGAAAGCGGAUGCAGAAUGUCUCAAAUGUCUCCAUCACUGGCAUGCUUAUCAUGUAUCUUCUGGCUGCCCUCUUUGGAUACCUUACCUUCUAUGGAGAAGUUGAAGAUGAGCUCCUUCAUACAUACACUAAAGUGUACACCUUCGACACCCUCUUGCUGUCAGUUCGCCUGGCAGUGCUGGUGGCUGUAACCCUGACCGUGCCUCUUGUCCUUUUCCCUAUCCGUUCAUCUGUCAGUGCAUUGCUGUUUCCCAAAAGGCCAUUUAGCUGGAUUAGACAUUUCCUGAUUGCAGCAGUAAUUUUGGCUUUUAAUAAUCUGCUUGUAAUUUUUGUCCCAACUAUUAAAGACAUUUUUGGAUUUAUCGGAGCCUCUUCUGCUACACUGUUGAUUUUCAUCCUCCCUGCUGCCUUCUACCUGCAAAUUGUUGAGAAGGAACCCCUGAGGUCUCCCCAGAAGAUUGGGGCUCUAAUUUUCCUCAUAGUUGGCAUAAUCUUCAUGAUUGUGAGUAUGACUCUUAUUGUAAUGGACUGGAUUUACAAUCCACCAAGCUCAAGACGUCAUUGACCUGUGAAGACAACCAAGUGCUUUUUAUAACACGAGUAUUUGUAUUGUGUGCUCUGAAGAAUAUCUAAAUGAAUUUGGGCAACAAGUCUAACACUCAGCUUUGUCAACUGGCUUGUAAAAGCUGUCAUCUUUCAGAUAGGCAGGUCAGUCUAUCGGGCAGGGAAGAGUUUCUCUUGGACCUGGGCAGCCAUUCCCAUGAUCAUCAGAUCAAAAACAAGGCACUGGGGUUUUCUGGCCAUUGCCUUUCCAAGGCUCUAGGAACUCUGUUUACUAUCAUCAUGGGAGAUUUUGAAAGGAGUGACACCAAGCUAUUUUUGAGGACUAUGUCCAAAGUUAUUUUGGUUUUGAAAAUAGAAAGCAUUCACCAUACUUUUCAUUUCACCUGGCGUCACCCCUUUCAAAAUCUCCCAUCAUUUUGACUGACCUGCCUAUCUGAAAGAUGAUGGCUUUGACAAGCCAGUGGACAAAGCUGAGCGUUGGAUUUGUUGCCCAAAUUCGUUGCCCUUAGCAGGUGACAGCUGUCAUACAGAAUAAAGCUUUCUCACAGAGAUUCUGUGUUGGGGCACGUGCUUGAAGAACAGCAGAGUAUUCUCAUUUUGUUGUUAAAGAUGCCUGUGCUGGAAAUACCAGUCAUUUCUGCUGUAGGGGUUUUUUUUGUUGUUCAGUUCUUAGUUACUGUGUGAGCUUGCAUCACUGAACAAGUUGUAUCCUCCAUAAAAACUUGUCUUCCACUCUCACAGGAAUUUAAGGAGACCACAAGGUGUGGCAAAGCACCCUAUCCAGUAUUGUUCAGUAUUUGUGUAUUUGAUAAAUGUUCAGUGCAGGAAACUGUAAUUUGUUAUAUAUAAAAAUGUAUGUAUUUAUGUACAUAAUUUUUUGUUUUCCUCUAGUCAUAAAUAUGUGGUAUAUGAUUUUUGAUUUUUUUUUUAUGUAUCACUCUGUUUUCAUAGCCACACACUUAAUAUUGUUUUGGAGGAAAUAUGUUGAAUUGUUGGGUUUGUAAAAGGUUCAUUUUUAUUCACCAGUGUUUGAAAUAUCCCUGUAGCAAGCCCUAACUGCUACCUGUGUAAAAACACAUUCUUAUGUUUACUACUUACGUUACAAUAAAUGGCAAGAUGUUUUCCUGUUCAGAAUUUUUAA